CCGUCGCCCUUCUCCUUUCACUUCCUCUUCCGCUACGGUUGCUCCGACGAGCGACGACGUCCUCUUUCCCUCGGCUCGUCGACUGCUAUUCCUCUGAAAGUUGCCGGCGACGAGUUGAUCGGUGCAGCGAGACAGCAGAUCACGCCAUCGUUUUCGAAGUCCAGUUCACUUUCCGUUUCCUCUCGUAGCUUUCUUCCUCUCUCGGCCAGUUUCUCAUCCAGUCUGGUUUUCGAAGCCGCAUUUUAUCGAGCAGGUGGGCCGUGGGGGAAUCGUUGCCUGCGAGUUUCCCAGCGCCGAGUUGAUCGGUGCAGAAAGACAAACUGAUCACGCGAUCGUUUCCUGAAUCUAGUUCUCUUUCCGUAAUUCCGUUUCCUCUCG